AUGUCCAGUAUUAAUGGAGGAAGGAGAUGCGCAGCUUGCAAGUACUUAAGGAGAAGAUGCUCGGAGGAUUGUAUUCUGGCUCCCUAUUUUCAUCCUUCUAAUCCUCACAGAUUUGCUUGUGUUCAUAAGAUCUUUGGGGCCAGUAAUAUAGCCAGGAUGCUUCAGCACCUUCCGGUCCAUAAACGGGCCCAGGCAGCAGACGCAAUGGCUUGGGAAGCUUACUGGCGCGUACAAGACCCAGUAUACGGCAGCAACGCCAUAAUAGCCCAUCUACAGCACGAGAUCAGUAAGGCCCAGAAUGAGCUUCAAAUGACGCGAGCCCAGAUCGCCAUCAUUCAGAACUUUCAGCAUCAGCAGCACAAUCAGAUCCAGCCCAAUCAACAAUUACAGGCCUUUUGGGCUCUGGAAGAUGAGCCCUUUGUUCUGCCCGAUUUGCCCCAUUUAUAG